AUGGCUGGUCGUCUGCCGGCUUGCGUUGUCGACUGUGGCACAGGGUACACAAAGCUCGGUUAUGCUGGAAACACGGAACCCCAGUUCAUCAUACCGUCAUGCAUUGCAAUCAAAGAGUCAGCCAAGGUUGGCGACCAGGCGCAACGGCGGAUGAUGAAGGGCGUUGACGAUUUGGAUUUUUUCAUUGGAGACGAAGCCAUCGAUAAACCAUCCUAUGCAACAAAGUGGCCAAUCCGUCAUGGUAUUGUGGAAGACUGGGACCUGAUGGAGAGGUUCAUGGAGCAGGUCAUAUUCAAGUAUCUGCGGGCAGAACCUGAAGAUCAUUACUUCCUUUUGACAGAACCUCCUUUGAACACACCUGAAAAUAGAGAGUACACAGCGGAAAUCAUGUUUGAGUCAUUCAAUGUUCCAGGUCUCUACAUAGCUGUUCAGGCUGUUCUGGCGUUAGCAGCAUCCUGGACGUCCCGGCAAGUUGGCGAGCGGACACUAACGGGGACUGUCAUAGACAGUGGUGAUGGCGUUACGCACGUCAUCCCAGUGGCUGAAGGCUACGUCAUUGGCAGCUGCAUCAAACACAUCCCUAUCGCGGGCCGUGACAUCACAUACUUCAUCCAACAAUUAUUGAGGGAACGAGAGGUGGGAAUCCCUCCGGAGCAGUCGCUGGAGACUGCUAAAGCUGUCAAGGAGCGCUUCAGCUAUGUUUGCCCUGACCUGGUCAAGGAGUUUAACAAGUACGAUACAGACGGGCCCAAAUGGAUCAAGCAGUACACAGGGGUGAACGCCAUUUCCAAGAAAGAGUUCCAGAUAGAUGUGGGCUAUGAGCGUUUCCUAGGGCCUGAAAUUUUCUUCCAUCCUGAGUUUGCCAACCCAGAUUUCACACAGCCAAUCUCAGAGGUGGUGGAUGAGGUCAUCCAGAACUGCCCUAUCGAUGUCCGUCGCCCUCUCUACAAGAACAUUGUGCUGUCUGGAGGCUCCACUAUGUUCCGAGACUUUGGUAGGCGCCUGCAGAGGGAUCUCAAGCGGACUGUGGAUGCACGGCUAAAAAUCAGCGAGGAACUGAGUGGUGGCAAAUUGAAGCCAAAGCCCAUUGAUGUGCAGGUCAUCACACAUCACAUGCAGCGCUACGCUGUCUGGUUUGGAGGCUCCAUGUUGGCAUCCACUCCCGAGUUCUACCAAGUGUGCCACACCAAGAAGGACUAUGAGGAAAUCGGUCCGAGCAUCUGCCGCCACAACCCAGUGUUCGGGGUUAUGUCUUAG